AUGGCCGCCGUGCCGAUCAUCCGCCUCUCUCUUUCUUCCCACCAGCUCAAACCCUCUCUUCCUUCCAAAUUCCGCCAGCCCUUUCCUCGCCUCCCUAAUCUCAGACCAACCCAUCUCCCCAAAUCCACGGCGACCUCUCGCAUCUCCUGCUCUUACACCCCAACCCCCGCCACCGACCGCCUAAUCUCCGCCGCCUCCUACUUCUUCCCCCUCUUCAACGGCCUCAGAUACGGCGGCUUCCUGUUCAAUCAGUAUCCAAUUUUGGCAGUCCCCUUCAAACCCCUCUUCCCCAUCCUGUCGCUCUACCAUUCCAUUCCUUCCGCGUCUUUCAUUUCCUUCUUCGCUCUCUACCUGGGCAUCGUUCGAAACCCUAGCUUCAGCCGCUAUGUCCGGUUCAAUGCUCUCCAGGCCUUAGUUCUCGACGUCCUGUUGGCUGUGCCCGCGCUCCUGCAGAACAUUCUGUCUCCGGGCCGGUCUGGGCUCGGACUGAAAUUCACCAUCUUGAUGUAUAAUGCUCUGUUUGUGUUCGUGGCCGGGUGCUUCAUUUACGGGCUGGUUUCCAGUAUCUUGGGGAAGACUCCAUACUUGCCUUUCGUUGCUGAAGCUGCCGGCAGGCAACUGGACUAA